AUGAGAUUUAGGAGAAAGGGAAAACUGAGUCCUCGCUUCAUAGGACCAUAUGAGAUUUUGGAAAGAGUAGGCCCAUUGGAAUAUAGACUUGCCUUGCCUCCGGAGUUGGAUAAGAUCCAUAAUGUGUUCCAUGUGUCCAUGCUUCAAAGGUAUAGGUCAGAUCCUUCACACAUAUUGCCAUUGGAGUCUAUUGAAGUUAGUCCAUAUCUUACUUAUGCUGAGGAGCCUGUGGCUAUUCUAGCAAAGGAGACAAAGCAGUUCAGAAAAAAGCAAAUUCCUUUGAUAAAGGUGUUAUGGAGGAACCAGUCCAAAGAAGAAGCCACAAGAGAACACGAAGAGGAUAUGAGGAGGCAACAUCCACAGCUAUUUAGAGUUCGAUAA